AUGGAUGAUACCGAAAAGCCUGAUCCCGUUCUUAUGCAGGUGCCACUCAUACGGAAUCCUUCGUACCUACCACCAAAGGCAAUCACUUUGAAUUUAAAUUAUGGAAAAUUGCUACCAACGUUGACCAAAUCGGUUGUGCCGCCAAAGGUCAAUAUCUCAGAAGGUGAAUUGAGAAAAUGGGAAAAGGAUAUCGAAGCGGUCAAGUUGAGAUUUGAGAAGGCUGAUAGUGCAGAGCAAAUAAGAUACCAGGAAUGGGUUAAAAGGAAGCAAACCCAAAUUGCACCAGGGUUUGAUUCAAUGGGAGGUAUAAUGAUGCCUAGCAGAGUAGAGAAGACGGAAGAAGUUACUAAAGCUGAAGAAAUUAAUGAACUUGAUGCUCUUUUUGGGAAAACAAGCAUAUCAAGUAAAGUUGAGCCCACUGAACAUAGCAUACAUAAAGAAAAUCAAGAGUAG